UAUUCAAUUCGCGAAAUUUUCUCCCCUUUGUAGUAUUCUCCAUCGUUAAUCGGAGAAAUUAGGGUUUUUUUCCCCUUUCUGAAAUGGCUUUGGCUGGGCGCAUGAGAUCGAUCAUCCCCCAUUUCAAUCAGCUUCUGAAAUCGGAGUCUCAGACUCAGAGAACUGCUCUCCUAAGAUCCCUACUUUGCCCCACCAACUCCGUGCAGGUCUCUAGGAAUUAUUCAACUGCAUCCACGAAAAAUGAGGAAAAAGUCAAGGUUCCACUGGCUUUGUUUGGGGGAUCUGGAAACUAUGCCUCUGCUUUGUACCUUGCAGCAGUAAAAGCUAAUGUCUUGGAUAAAGUUGAGACUGAGCUUCUUGACCUUGUUGCGGCUUCACAGAGAAGUGCCACUUUUUCUCAGUUCACAAGAGAUCUCUCAGUGCCUGCAGAUACUAGGGUUAAAGCUAUUAAUGAUAUUUCUGCUGCGGCUAAAUUUUCAGAAGUAAUAAAGAACUUUUUGGUUGUAUUGGCUGAGAAUGGAAGGCUGAGAUACAUAGAUAGCAUUGCAAAGAGGUUCCUGGAGUUGACAAUGGCUCAUAGAGGAGAGGUGAAGGCCAUUGUGACUACGGUUAUUCCCCUCCCUCCGGAAGAGGAGAAAGAACUGAAAGAGACCUUGCAGGAUAUUAUUGGACAAGGGAAGAAGGUGAAGCUUGAACAGAAGAUUGAUCCAAGCAUACUCGGCGGUCUAGUCGUAGAAUUUGGCGAGAAAGUGUUCGACAUGUCGAUUAAGACCAGAGCACGACAGAUGGAGAGAUUCUUGCGAGAACCCGCUAACCUCGACAGCCUCUGAGAAGGGUAAUUUUUAUCUCUGGGGACGCCAUCUUCCUGCUCUCAGCUACCAUUUUCCAUCCAUGAAAGAGAGACUUUGGUAUUUUCUUUUCUUAUUUGAUCUUACAUGAAGGGCAAUGCCCCUAUAUAUGCAAAUAAGUUGAUUUGUCUUCAUAACUAUAUCCACGUGGAACAAUUAUGGGAAGAUUGAAUUAAUUUGAAGAGGUGGAUUCAUGAAUUUACUGAUUAAAGACAAGUGAUAAACUCAAAUUUGUAUAA